AUGUAUGCAAGCCGGCCAUCUCAUCCCGGAUAUACCCUCGGCCACAAUCCGAUUUCACAGCACAUUCCCCUCAUGCCGACGCAUGUGGGACUUACGGAGGAAAUGCAUUUCGGCUCUCACUUCUCGUAUUCCCACUCCAACAUGCCUUCAUACGAACUUCCUGGUCAGUGCACCACUACCACUGCUUCGUCUGACUACUACUCAGCGUACAACCAAUCAGUGGAAAUGGGACUGGAGUUCAGCUCAGACAAGCAGGACAACCGAGGCCUGCAAUCACGACCCGCUUGCAGCUCCUUUGCCCUGCUCUCGGGGGCCGACUGUGUCACGGUGGGCUCCGUCACCGCCCCCACCACCACCAGCACCGCCUACGUAUCGCCAACCUCACCGAGGAUGAAGGAGAAGUCUAAGAACGCGGCGCGAACAAGGAGGGAGAAGGAGAACACUGAAUUCUGUGAGCUCGCCAAGUUGCUACCUUUGCCAGGCGCUAUCACCGCGCAAUUGGACAAGGCCUCUGUCAUUCGACUCACUACCAGUUAUCUCAAGAUACGUGCAGUAUACCCAGAGGGUGAGUUGUCAUUCUGA